AUGCCAAUCUGCAUAGAAUGUCGCUAUCCUGUCAAGACCCUUUACACCGAAUACUCCGGCGCAGAUGAUCGGUCCAGCGGCCAUGGAGUGCGGCUCACAGUCUGCAAGAACUGCGGACGCUUCUGCGACAAAUACGUAGAGCAUGACGCCGUAGUAUUGUUCAUUGAUCUGGUGUUGAUCAAGCCGCAGCCUUCAAUAAUCCGCCUCGGCAUCCUCCUCCUCCUCUUCGACGUCUACCUCACCUGGGCGCGCACCGAGAAGCAAACCUCUUCCAACCCCUCCAUCAUCACCGAUCUGAACGCCAACAACUUCCUGCGCCUAACACAGCAACCCAUAGUCUUCCAAUACGUCUUCUUUCUCCUUCUCUGCGCCCUCUCGACCCUCUCUUUCCACGUCUCGAUCCGCUUCCUGACCUCCUCGCCUCUCUCCCCUCUGGUACUAUUCGGGUUGAUACCACGCUAUUCACGGCCGAAUUCUGUCAGCACGGCGUUGUUGGUGAGCUCGAGUACGAAGCUUUUCCCCAUUUUGAUGGUGAUUUGGGAAUAUGAUGUCCCGGCUGCGGCGAGGAGUCUGGGCUGGGCGGUUGUUGCCAACAAUGUGGAGGCGUUGAAGAUCCUGUUGGAUUGUGGGUAUGGGACUGCCGCUGUCCUGGCUACGGUUGGGGCCAUAAGUAGAUGGAUGGUUGGGAGGGGAAUCCUCUGGGUGGUGGGCUUGGAUGGGGUUGAUACUGUGGGGGAUUCGGGAGUUGCGGCUGAUGGGAAGGCGUUGUGGGCUGUGGUGGAGCUCGGGAGAGAAUGGGGAGGGAGAUUAGGCCUUGGAUAG